AUGUAUGCGGCUACACUACUGGUGUUAUCAGAACUUUAUAGGCCGCAUGCAAUAGAAAUCAAUUGUUUUCUGCAUGACUGUACAUCUGCUCGAUAUCUUUUGAGAAAUAAGUUGUUAUCAAAUGCAGAAGCAAUUGUGAAAGUUGUUACAAGGUUCAAUACCAUUACUAGAGUUUCUUACAGAGAUGAUCCAACAAUCAUGGCAUGGGAACUCAUUAAUGAGCCACGUGACCAAGCUGACUAUUCUGGAAAAACUGUUAAUGUUUGGGUUCAAGAAAUGGCAAGUUUUGUAAAGUCACUAGACAACAAACACUUGUUGGAGGUAGGAAUGGAGGGAUUUUAUGGCGAUUCGAUUCCUGAAAGGAAGCAAGUUAAUCCUGGUUAUCAAGUUGGAACAGAUUUCAUCAGUAAUCAUCUUAUCAAUGAGAUUGAUUUUGCCACUAUCCACGCUUACACUGACCAGUGGGUAUCCGGACAGAGCGAUGAUGCACAAUUGGCAUGGAUGGAAAGGUGGGUUACAAGCCAUUGGCAAGAUGCAAGAAAUAUACUAAAGAAACCUCUAGUUCUAGCUGAAUUUGGAAAGUCUAGUAGAGGUCAAGGAUACAAUCUUGGUUCAAGAGACACAUUUAUGAGUAGUGUAUAUAGAAAUGUCUAUAAUUUGGCAAAAGAAGGAGGAAUUAUGGGAGGAAGUUUAGUAUGGCAACUCAUGGCACAAGGGAUGGAGAAUUAUGAUGAUGGUUAUUGUAUAGUUUUGGGACAAAAUCCUUCAACUACAGGAAUAAUUUCAGGUCAAUCGAAGGCCAUGACGACUUUGGCUCAUCUAGUUUAUUGACUGAAGAUAUAUGGAGAUUAUUAUUGUGGAGAAUAUGAAAGAAAUUAAGUUCCAAAAUAGGUUCUUCAAUUGGAUUGUUCUUUUAAUUAUACAAUAAUCAAUUUAUAUGAUAGGAUUUAAGUGAUCUUAAGUCCAUGAUUUUUAGUAAUUAUUCCAGCUCGAUAUAUCACAUUAUCAAACAUGUGAAGCUGAAUGUAAUUG